UCUACGCUCUCAGUUCUUCUACUCUCUUUCUCUCUGUUCCCACGCUUGUGUGUAUGCGUGGGCGUUGUUGUUGACAUCCUUGCCAUUGGACCUUCGUCCUUGUCCUUGUCAAUAGACAUCGCAGUGCCCUUGCCGCCCACAAGUGCGCCCACUACGCCCACUUCAACCCGCGUCACAGGAUGUUAUAACAUUGCCGCCAUUCAAGCGGCAAUUGUUCGCCCGUAAAUUACCCCCUGAUUUGUGGCGGUGUAAAGUGGCAAGGAGUUGCUUAUUACAAUAACGAUUUAAUGUACUGCCUGCUCCAAAGGUCACCAGUCAUUCGGCGGCCAUUGUGCGCUGUGUAAAAUUAAAUUGAUAAGAACUGCUCGCAGCACUGGUAAACUCAUCAUCCGUCGCAGAGCAGUAUCGUUAGUAAUGUAGAAUAAGGCGGUAAAGUUGAUCCCAAUAGGCGAAUACGGCAUUUAUAACUCCCCUCCAAUUAUUUCCCCGCAACUCACAACUUCAGCCUACUUUAUGCAUAUCUAUAUUAUGAACAAUGGAGAACCAUUAAACAUUGAGAACCUAUCGUUCAUGAUGGAGCACGACUCCAAGCCAGAAAAGUUGACCCCAAUAAGGGAAUAGGUCUAUUGUAACUUUCUUACACUUAUUUUCCCACAACCCAUAGGUUCAAACUGAUUUACACAUAACAGACACGUUAUGAUUGUCUAUCGUAGAAUCAGUUUUAUUCAAUUAGUGCAUCUGUUAAAAUGGGAAUUAUCUUUAAAUAAUGAAGACUUGCUUCUAUAUACAAAUAUUUCGUAUUUUGACAGCAUCAUCAUUUCACUGAUAAGUUUCUAAGCGCGUAGUGAAGACUUAGCAAAGAAGUUUAUGUAUAAAUAUAUAUAAUAUAUAAGCAGCAAUGAUAAUAGAAUCAGCCUGAAGUCCAACGAACGAAUAAUUGUGUGUAUCAAAAUAUUCAUGCGUAGUGCGCACUGGUCACUAGUACAAGAUAUGUACAUAUUAUCGACCUACACAAAUUCCACUCCAUUUAAUAGGGAUUUUAAUUCCGAGAAGCAGCUGAUCACCAUUCAUAGGCAGAUUUUUGGGGGCAUACUCCAAUCCGUCGGUAUAAUCAAGUGACAACGAUUACCUAAUUAAUAUUGGCAAAUGAACACAGCGGAUUACACUUAUUGGUAAUAAUGGGCAUAGAUAGGCACAUGGACGCGUUCAUUGACUGGUUGCUUGCAAUAUAGCGGUUUAUUUCGUUGGUUAUUUAUUGUCAGUGAUAAACGCCGUAAGAUCAAGGCCAACAGCAGGCAAAAACAAAACCAGAAAACAGACUUAUGUACCUAUUUUUAUACUAUAUGAAAUGCGAACGUAGUUCGUGAGUGGGGAUUCAUUAGCCAACUGGAUUGUCGGGUAUCGGGUAUGCGAAAAUGUAUUCUUUUACGCGUUUAUCUCGUCUUAUUUGUGUAUGUGACGCGAUUUACUUGUGGUCGCGACUCGAACUCUAAACUGGCCACCAAAUUGGCCUUUGCAAUUAUUUUGUUUGCCAACAGCUCGUUUUCAAGCAUUUCGUUAUGGUUCAAUGCACUGUAUCAAUACCUCCUGACAAGUGCCACAAAAAAUGAUUCAAAACUGAAUGAACCGUUGUAAUCUGUCACUAUGCUUACGUUUUUGUUUUUCUCUGUCUAUUUUCUAUGUAACCUUUUUGCCUUUGUGACUGCCCUCCAGUUGGUAUUUCUCUUUAUAAACAAUUUACUACGGCAACAGCACAAAAAAAGCAAAAGUAAAUUCCAAUCAGGGCGUGCAUUGGCGUAGUUAGCUAAACUUAUAGCUACACAGUACAAAAUAAGGUCUAUUGUAAGUAUUCUUGUGAAGCCGUUUGGCUUAAGGAAGUGUAAAUAUUCAAAUCAUACCAGAGAUUAUGUUUAAGCUUGCAGAAAGUUGCUUAAUUAGAAACAACGAUUUUCAGUAACAUUAAACUUGCUGCCAAAUACAUUUUUAAACUGAUGGCCUUCUAAACUUCAAGGCAGCAUAGAGCUAUUUUCGCCAGAAUUCAAGUUUUCUUCAGGUGCAGUUAGCCAAACUUAUAGACCAACAAUCGAUCGAUCGAUCGGCCAGUGUGUGGCCCGUAUUCCGUGUCUAUUAGAGAGCAAUUUUCAAGCGAGGCCUUGGCUUAAUGUUGCAAUCGUUGGAGUGGCCAGCAAGCAGAACACUUUCACAAACCGCUUUCCACCUGAUUGCGCAAUCGAAUACGCGUCAAACGGCAAAACUCUUUCAAUGUCAUUGCAAUUGCAAGUUCGCUGCCGCCGCACAAGCCCACAUACAUAUGUUUGUACAUAUGUGCUGUGUGUUAGACGUCAGGCUCAAGGCCACGUCAGCAAUAAAGUAAGCCAGGUUGACCAACAUACGCGCAUGCAUAUGUAUGCACACUUCAGUUUGGCCAAGACGGCGGGCGGCGGGGGCAGUGGGGGUGGCGACGGGCGGAGCGCCUGCGCCCGGACAAAAAGCAUAGCCCAAAACAGCCGGUUGCACAACAACAAGCCGAAAAGUGGGUGUGCGCCGACGAGCCCACCACCACUCACUGCCCCAAACCGAGUCACUCCAGCCCCCCUGCCGAAAAGCAGUCGGGUGCAACAACGUCUGGCCAAAAGAGCGGAAAAUCAAGUCUGGCCUGGUCAGACCGAGUGUCGUGAACACCCUAUAAAUGGCUAUUUAAAACUGGGGAAAUUCCCCAUUAAUGUUGUAACAUUUUGAAAAGUUAGAUGAGGCAAGCAAAGAAAUAUCAAUGGAAUGAUUGCACUCUUUUUAAUCAACUAAUUUUAAAUUAUACCAGGAUUUCUGUUGUUUUCAGUUGCUAGGAAGUCAUUUCGUUGCUUAAUUUGAAAUCAACCUAGUAAGUCCUGCAUAAUAUAUCAUCAGUGCAAUAUCAGAAUACCAUAAAUAUCUAAGCAUAACUUAACAUAACUUAUCUAAACUGAAUAAAAUGACACAAUACUUCAAGAGAGAUAUCGAUUUCGAUGUUAAACGCGAAAAUGAGACGGUGGAUGGUCGCACCUACGGAUUCCUGAACGCCAAGGGAUCGAAUACACCGAUGCCCAAGGUCCAAAAGAGAAUUCAAUCCACCACCUUGUUAGAAAAGCUUAAGUCCAUAAGAGUGAGUGAAGACAGCAAGCAACAAUCAAUUCCACAGGAUGAGUCGUCAAUGGAUUCAGUGCAAUCAAGUCGCAUGUCCUUUGAAAUGAAACGUAAACUAUUUGAUGAAGCCGAGUUCACCAUAACUCGAGGUCAGAAACUAAGUGACCUCAUGCAUGCCGCAGAUACGGAAUUUAACUUUAGAUCCUACGAGACUGGCAAGAAGACGAUCGCAGAAAUCGAGGCAUACUGUCGCACCAUUAACAUAAAGUUUGCCAAAUGAAGCGAAGUUGUCUUGAAACGCUGCAGUUUAGUAAUCGGGUUGAAAGGAUACAACUUACAUUUAAACUAGCAACGACAAUGAGUUUGAUGACAGAUUGCAGGAUAGACAUAAUGAGAUCCCCAUAAAAGAUGUAGUACAGCAGAGAUAACCAGGAUAGAAAUCAUGCCUAGUUUCAUAUGAACUAUUUUAUAAAACCGAGCUCACAAUGGGACGAAGCAAAAUGGCACUUUUAUGGAUCCAAAGAAGCGUUCCCUUUAAUUUAAUAUUUUGUGUACUUAAGGAUUACAAUAACUAAGCAUAUUUUUGCAUUAUUAUUGCAAUUUUUGGAAAAUAUAAUAAAAUUAAGUUAUAGUGCGAGUUUUAAGCGAUCGUCCAUAUACCUUUUGCAAGAAAA